GGGGACGUCAGACAAACCAUUCAAUAGAAGCCCACUUAAAAUAGUCUCAAAUGUGACUCAACUUCUUUUUGUCACAUGAUUAUAUUCAAAUCUAAUCACUCUUGCAAUCAAUCACGUCACUCUUCAACUGUUCGAAAAUAUUUAAAUUAUAAAUCAUCUUGCGUCAUUACGCCAAGAUAAAAGUGUUGGUCAUUUUUUUUUCAAUGAAAAAUAUGUAAAUUGUGAACCAUAGUUAAAAUAUUUAGACAGCUUCAAUGAUUUUGACUGUUUUUAAAACUUGAAAAUGUGUUGAACUACAUGAAAAAAAUCUGCUCCUAUUACCUCAAAAUACAUUAAUUGCAAUGAACUAAAUUAAAUAGAAAAUUAAACAAAAAAAAAUGAUAAAAAGAUGAUAAAGAUAUUAAAUGUAAUGCAAAAUAAUCAAUACUCAAUUGCAUAUUCUCUAAUAAAAUUCAGCCAUUUUUGUUACAUCAAAUAUCAUCAAUUCAAUUCAUUCUUGUGACAUUAUUAUUUCAUGAGGGCACAUGAGGGUACAUCCAGUAAAUACAUUGAAAUUAUCAAAACAACUGGAAGAUUUUAAUUGAGACGAGGUUUUUCGUGGAAACUGAUUGUACCACUCGUUAUACAUUUGAAACAUAAAACGGUAAUUUACGCAGUUUCGUCUUACACCAGUGCAUGUUUUGCAAGGAGAAAACUUUUAAGAAUUAAUAAUAAUUUUAAGAGAAAAACGGACAUAUAAAAUAUUUUUACAAAGAAUAACAAAAUAUCUUGUUCCUUGGUGUCAAUGCCAACCAAAUUCAAAACACGGAUGCUUUUAAAUUGUUAGCCAUAUAAUUAUGUCAAUAAAUAUAUGAUGUAAAUUUCUCUAAGCACCUGAAAGUUUUUAACUUUAUAUUUCCUUAAAGAUUUUAUAAAUUUAAUUUAAAGGAAGAUAUGCAGAGCUAGUAUUUUACGUUAAGGAAAUAAAACUAAUGAAUAGAAAAAAAAGUUAAAAACGAUUUUGCUGAUUCUGGGAGAAAUUGAUAAAAAAAAACGAUAGCCCCUCGUCACUAUCUGUCCGCCUCUCCCAGCUGAUAAAUCCUAUAAAUCAGUUAACAUUAAACAGAAGAAGCAAAAGUGCACCAAAAUUUUUAGACAUAAUUUAAAAAAAAUGGAAGUAGUGUUUGUUCUUGGUUUUGCGCUACUUUUUUCAAGUGCAAGAAGUGAUUGCGAUAGUGAUGUAGAAGAAUAUUUCCAAGGGCUGACAUCCAAUAGCCCUAAACUUUGGGCACUCGAGAUGUUUGACUCUUCAAUCAAGUCAUUGGGCGAUGGGUACAUGGAGUUAUCAUUCAUUUACCAACUGGGUAAUUUUGACGAGUGCUUAGCGGUAGAAGGACCAAUCACGGCUGACGGAAAACCAAGAUUCACAGGACAAUAUUGUCAAUUUGCAAUGGGUCUUCAAGGUAUUCCACAGAUGGAACACUUAAUGCAGAAUAACAGCGUCAAAGAGACGCUUCAAAUUCAACGGAAUUUGAGGCGAAUUUUGCAUCACCCAGAUUUCCAAUCCUUGAACGAACCAUUUAUGCUUCCCACACUUUGGGGAGUUUGCGUUCCAUCUUCUUGCGGGAUUGAAGGCGCUAAGCGGGUUGCGGACUUCAACAUGCAAUUUUACGCAAAUUCUAUAGGGUUCAUGGCAAAUACAAGCGUGUAUCCUGAAAACUGCUACUAUGAAAAUGACGGCUCAGAAGUUUUAGAUGCUGGUUCAUGGUCUUUCAUAGCUUUUGCAAUUAUUCUGGUUGCUAUUAUUUUCGUCGCAACUAUAAUUGACGUAUCUAAAAGGGAAUUAAAUAAUUCUGGAAUGCAGUCAUGUGUAAAAGCCUUUUCCCUAAAACAAAAUCUAACCGACUUGUUAGCACUGCCAAAGGUUCACGCUACCGGGCAAUUAAGUUGCCUUCAUGGAAUGAGGACCUUGUCGAUGUUGUGGAUCAUCUUGUGUCACACAUAUUCAAACGCCGGAGCUUUUCCUUUGGUGAAUUACGUAUCCUACACUCAAAAGUUUUCGCAGCAGUGGUUUAUGGCUCCAAUAUUGAACGGUUAUAUGGCCGUUGACACUUUUUUCUUACUGAGCGGGCUGUUGACGGUUUAUGUGCCCAUGAUGGAUCUAACCAAAGGAAGAAAAUUCAAUAUUUUCAAAUAUUACAUUUAUAGAUACCUAAGGAUCACCGUACCUUUGGCAGUUGUUAUCUGGUUUUUAGCCACAGUGAGUUUCCACUUAGGCAAAGGUCCCUUAUGGAUAGCCUCCUUCGAAUAUCCUAGACAAAUUUGCCAAGACUACUGGUGGGCCUCAUUAAUUUACAUCGCAAACUACUUCUACGAAAAUUGCCUCGGGCAAGCCUGGUAUCUCUGUGUCGAUAUGCAGUUGGCCCUUCUUGCACCUUUGAUCAUCUACCCUUUGAUGAAGUGGCCUAAAUUUGGUUUGACUGCAAUCUUUCUCCUCACCUUAGGGUCAGUGGGUGCUGUUUUUGGUGUGACAUAUGUGGAGAAGUUACCGUGGACAAUGCAAAUUGAUUCAGAUAUUCCCACAAUAGAACGCUAUUGGGACAUAAUCUAUGUAAAUACACCCAUGAGAGCGGCUCCAUACCUUUGCGGUAUGGCUCUCGGCUAUGUUCUGAGUAAGAAAAUGCAAAUCCCCGUGCCAAGAUGGGGAGUAGCACUAGGCUGGUUUUUAAGCAUGGCUCUCAUUCUGGGAGUGAUUUUCCUCAGCUGGAUCCCAUACAACGAAAGCUAUGAUUCUGAGCUGUAUGAACCGUUAGCUGCUGCUUUUUUUGGAAGUUUUCACAGACUGGCGUGGAGCCUUGGCCUUUCAUGGAUCAUUUGGGCCUGUGUUAAUGGUUUGGGUGGAAUUAUCAACUCAAUUUUGUCUUGGCAGUAUUUCUUGCCGUUGAGUAAAUUGACCUUUAGUGCAUAUUUGACACACUUGGCGGUCAUGGGUGUACAGAUGGGCCUAAGAAGAGUGCCUUCCUAUGUGUCGCAUUUUGAGAACUUCUACCUAUUCAGUGGAUUCCUUUUACUUAUCAUGCCAUAUACACUCUUCAUCUAUUUAGCAGUUGAAGCACCGCUCAUGUCACUAAUGCGGCUAGCUUUCAAGAAGAAAACAGAAUCUGCCACAAAACGGAUCGACAAGAUUCUAGGAAAAAAAUCAUAGAUGGCGAGGGCACCAUUUCUUAAUUUGAAUAAGAUUGUAGUUGAAAAAAAAAUCAAUGAACAUAAUGAAAAUUAAGAAAAAAAAAUUGUUUUUAACUAUGUAAAAC